AUGGAUGUGUUCGUAGAGACUCAAAGAGGCUCACCAUUCUCCAUUGAAGUGGGUUACUUCGAUACAGUGUUAGAGAUCAAAGAAAAGAUCGAGAAGUAUCAACGUAUCUCUGUCUCUAAACAAACCCUUUUCUUCCAAGGGAAUGUUCUUCAAGAUGAUCACGACAUCGAACAAUGCCAGAUCCUCAACAACUCACGUCUCCAACUCUUCCUCUCUUCUCCCGGUAACAACGACCAAAUGAGCAAUCAGAACCGCAACAAUCAAGUGUUCAAAACAGAGCAAACUCCACCAUCAAACUCAACAGAACAGAUCAUUAACGGUCAUCAAGAUCCGACAAUACUAAUGUCGUCCGGGAGCAACAACAACAACAACAACAAUGCCCUGAAGAAGCUGAGAGUAAUGGUGUUGCCUAAAAGCGGGACUAGGAAGAUUCCAGUGGAGGUGAACGCAGGUGAUAACGUUGGAGAGCUGAGGAAAGAGCUAGCUAAGAUUCAACAGAAGUUUCAGUUAAAUCUUCCUCAAGAAGGCUAUUUCUUUAUAUACAAGCAAAAUGUAAUGGAUGAUGACCAGUCUUUCCGGUGGCACCGUGUUGACCACGGUGAUACAAUUGAGGUUUUCAACGGAAGUGUUUCCGGUGGCUCUUAA